CAAGAAUGUACACCUAUCUAUAAAAACCAGCCAAAUGUUGUCAGCGGGCUAAUUAAACUGUUUCUCUAAAGGUAGGGAAGUUAAUUAAAAUCGUUAAACCACCGUUAAUUACCAGAAAAGUAUAUGCUGUGUCUUUGUUGGACACAUUUAUGGCACAAAGUAAUUACCGUGUCGUUCCGAGACACAUUUAUGGCACAAAGUACACACUGUGUCGUUGCGAGACACAUUUAUGGCACAAAGUACACACUGUGUCGUUGCGAGACACAUUUAUGGCACAAAGUACAGGCUGUGUCGUUGCGAGACACAUUUAUGGCACAAAAUACACACUGUGUCGUUGCGAGACACAUUUAUGGCACAAAGUACACGCUGUGUCGUUGCGAGACACAUUUAUGGCAUAAAAUACACACUGUGUCGUUGCGAGACACUUUUAUGGCACAAAGUACACGCUGUGUCGUUGCGAGACACAUUUAUGGCACAAAGUAGACACUGUCGUUGCGAGACACAUUUAUGGCACAAAGUACACACUGUGUCGUUGCGGGACACAUUUAUGGCACAAAGUAGACACUGUGUCGUUGCGAGACACAUUUAUGUCACAAAGUACACGCUGUGUCGUUGCGAGACACAUUUAUGGCACAAAGUACACACUGUGUCGUUGCGAGACACAUUUAUGGCACAAAGUACACGCUGUGUCUUGCGGGACUCAUUUAUGGCACAAAGUACACUGUAUUGUUGCGAGAAACAUUUAUGGCACAAAGUACACACUGUGUCGUAGUGGGACACAUUUAUGGCACAAAGUACACGCUGUGUCGUAGUGGGACACAUAAGUUAGUUUUCACAAGAACACUUCAUCGCGAUAUUUCUCAAACUUUUUAGUUUAAUUUUCACACGGAGUCGUCGGUGGACUUGUUGACAAUCAGCUGUUUGAGACACUCAUAGUAAACAGUAAUUAAAGCCAUUAUCACCUCAAAAUAAAUUCUUAUAUAAAAUACGCUGUCGUACUCAACUUGUAGUCCAUAUGUGUCCCCCCCCCCCCACCAACCCAGCUCUGUAUAUUUGAUGUCCAGCAUUUGAACCACUAGUAUUCUGGUGUACAUUAUUGAAGGACAUAAUUUUUUUGAGUUUAGUAGGCCUAAAUUUUAUUAUUUUUUUCCUUUUUAUAGAUAAACGAAAUCUAAAUAUAUCAUUCUUGAAUGUUCUAUUGAGACUUUUAUAAACCUCGUGAGGUUGGGUUUUUAAAUAUACCUAUUAAUCAAUGACUAUAAUCACAGCUGCUAGACUUUCUUCAGAGCUCAGUCUAAAUUGGCUUUCUUAUGUCUUGAAAUUUAGAGGGCCCCUGGUUUACCUAUUCUGAAAGGUAUGGGCCGUAUUAACUAGGUCUAAAGCAGACUUUUUUUGAGAGAUCUUUCAGGGAUCCCAUCGGGAUUGGGAUACCAAUGGGAUCGGGAGGCCAAGUCCUAGUCUAACGAAUUAUCGUCGAGGUCAUAGUCUAACGAAGAUUGUCGAGGUCAUAGUCUAGGAUGAGCUUUAAAUUAUUCAUUGGUACAACGAAUUUACCGUAAGAUGGCGCCACUAUUCGCACAAAGUAAUGGAACAUAAGUCGUUGGUAUCGAUUACAAUGUAAAAAAUGUUUGCCAUUGUAUCUCGUCCUAGUUAUUCUUAGAACUGUGGUGGUAAUGCAGGCAUUUAUUUAUGGGGGUCGGCUUAUGGCCAGAUUUUUUUUAAAAACACUUUUCAGUUUUUUCUGGCCAAGAAUUGGGCUUUGCCUUAUGAACAAAGUGGUUUUAUAACGAGAAUCUACGGAAAUUCAAAUAGAUAAAGAGAAAUAAGAUGCUCACAUGAAAAGAAUGACCUGGAAAUGAAAAAAGUUUACGUCACAAUCUGCUGGUUCUGGCGAUGUUCCCCUCAUCGCGACCUUGAACUUUAAAAAAAAAGUGUGUAAUUUAUUCACAAUUUAAAAAAAAAUUAAUAAUAAUAAAAUCUGGGCUAUUUUCUUUUUAAACACAAGGGCUAAUCGGAAUGCGGUCACUUAUUUAAAUUAAGCCCAUAACUUAUCAGGUCUGUUCGUCCAAUCACCCUUCCAAAGACGGUGCCUACUGAAGAAAUAAAAAACAUGAUCAUACAAUGGUCGAUCAACAAACUCAAUGAAAUCAGACUGAUGACGACUGAAAUAAAUGAAGACAUUUUCUUCUAGUUUAUUAGACACAAAACAGGUCUCAGAACACGUCCUAAGAGGUCCUCAUACGUCUCAAUUAAUGCGAAUUAAUUCAGCUCUUCGGCACAACGUCACCAUAUGGAAACAAUGAAACACUCUCCAACUAGCAAUACUCAAUUUCCCCGCAUGUCUGUUCUUCUUUUCUUAUAGUUUCACACAUUUCCAAAAUAUUUUUGUUCAUUUAAAUCGUUUACUUUACGUAAUCUUUGUUUCGGAAAACCCAACUUCCGGCGAUAACAUUAAUGACGAACACUUAGUUUUUUUUAACUACUGUCUAUUUCUAGUUAUUUCUUCAUCUGUCCUGUCUGCUGAAGAAGGCUCUUGGCCGAAACGUUCUUCGUGUAUUAUCCUUUGUAUUUCAAGUUUCCACUUACCUUGUUUUAUUAUUUCUUAGUACGUCCACGCAGGCAGAUAUUCUUGAAUUAAUUUUUUUUAAAAUUUCCCAUAGGAGAAGAAAUCGCAUUUUUCUCAAACUCAAAAUAAUGUUGAAUUUAUUUUAUCAGCGACCAUGAUCAAGAUUCUUCUUCUGGUUCUAGCUGCGAUCGGUGUGGUGUUCGCUGCCCAGGUGCACAUCAAGUACAACCCACCUGUUCUGGCAUUGACAUUACCAGGUAAAAACCAAUUGGAUCAUUUCAUGGACAAAAAGAACAAAACGACGAACGGAAAAGUCUAAAUAAAAAAAAAAGAAAUUAAACAUUAAAAAACAAACAGACAAACAAAACAAAAAACAAAUUUGCAUUUUAACAAAAUUAUAAAUUUCAAAAUCUCAUCAACAGUAAACGAAAAGAAACAAUUAAUGACAGAAAAUAUCUGAGUGACCAUGUUCAGCACAUUCAUUUUGAAUUGUUUCCUGUCUUCCAGGUUCUGACAAAGAUGUAGCAAGCGUCGUUUUUCAUUACGUCAUCAAAAAUGUGGCUUUCCAGGGCCGGGGAACCCACACGAGUAAGUCCUAACAAGGAACGAUGCGUUCCUAAAACAGCACAAGGAACGAUGCGUUCAGAAGACAACAGUUGAUAAGAUGUGUCUCUCAUUAUUUCUCGAGGACAGAAUUUCAAAUGUACUCGCUUUGCAAAACGCACAAAGAUUAUUUAAAUUUGACCUGAGGCUUUAUUCCUUACACUAGUUUUGUCAGGAGACUUUGAUAAAAAUAAUAGUUUAAAAUCCUUUGAUUCUUCUCCAUUACAAAAACGAGACAAUGUUAAAACAUAAUUGAUAAGGUGAUCGAAAAAAAAAAGGAUAAAUUGAUGAUCACUGAUGAAUUCUGAUUGGCCGGGAGUUUUGUUUCUAAUUUUAGAAACUCCUGUCAUUCAACGAAGCGAGAGCGAGUUGGGUUGGAGAGUUUAAAAUAAAAUGAGUAUUACAAAAAUUAUAAUAAUCUGCCAUUUAUGUUUUAAAUCCGUCAAUACUUUAAUUUAUGACAAGAAAACGAAAUUAAUAAAAAAAAUAAUAUCACAAUCCUUGAACGCGUGGCUCAUGUUUUAUUUCCAAAGCUGAGGGCUGGCUGUACCAGACGCGUGACGUCAACGCAGACGGCGCUGACGCCAUCACGGCCUACGCGGUCAUUUAUGACGUCAGAGGCCACAUCCUGGAGACCACGGACCGAGCCUCGCUCUCACUAGGUACCGUUAGCAGUGUAAUAUCGUAUGCACAAGAUGUAACGUAAGACUUUGUACAAUUUAAUGUAAGGCUUAAGAAGAUUCAUUUUAACAAUUGAUAAGACUCAUUGUAUGAUUUUUUAAGAUAUACAUUUCAUUAUAAGACUUUAUGAAAAUUCACUAUAAGACUUUAGAAGACUCAUUAUAAUACUUUAUUAAAAAUUAACCGUAAGACUUUCACAGAAUCAUUAUAAAAUUUUAUAAAAAAUUCAGUGUAAGACUUUAACAGACUCAUUAUAAGACCAGGUAUACAAAUACCCUGCAAUCAUCUGUGCAGACAGACACAAUAUACAACCUGGACCCUAACCUAGCUCACGAUGAAAUCAACCUGCUAAAGUCUUACAAUCUAUGAAGUUUUAUUUGUGUCACAAGGUUAAGUCAUUUUUUUCUAAUUUGAUUAACAUGUCAAACAAAGAAAAAGAAAAAAAGAAUUGAAUGUCAAAGGAAUGUUUAAAAUUCCUCCGCAAACAGACAGACAGGUCCUCGCCACCCCGUCUCCCAGACGCAUCAGAGCGGUCAUCUUCAGAGACGACUUCAACACGUACGACCACUCCAAGUGGACACCGGAAGUGUCCAUGUAUGGAGGAUUUGUGAGUAGAGCUGUGUAACAUUUUUUUUUGUUUUUCCAAGGAGUUUGGGAGGGAUAUUUUGGUAGCGUUCGUUCAGUUAUUGAAAUAUGAACUGUGACAUCGAACGUGUGUACGGAGUCAAAGAACUUAAAUUGAACUGCUAAAUAAAUUGAUGAUCAGACGUCCAUCAGAUUGGGGAACGGAGAAAGAUUUCGUUGGUUUGAAAAACAAAAACACACAAGAUAAGACAAUUAAUGAGAGCUAAAAGAUAGCCUUUAGGCUAAAUUGUUAAUCUUAGCGUUAUGGUUUUUGAUUAAAAAUUUUUCAAGCGACAUAUUCAUUUCAAACAUAACUUUACGCUGGUUCUAAAAUUGUAUAUAACAUUAGACUUAGAAUUUAUACUUUCACUGAUAUAACAACUUAAAUGUUUUUAAGGUUAUAAGUGUGAGAGUCUAUUUAACUGUCCACAGAACGGAGAGUUCCAGGUCUACACCAAUGAUCCCAAAAAUAUUUUUGCCCGCAACGGACAUCUUCUGUUGAUGCCGGUAAGUGAAAUACCUGGCCGCCUGAGGUUUGGUCAACUCAUGAUCUUAAUCAAAUCAAAUGAUCCUCAAUUACGGACACGAUGCCCUUAAUGAAACUACACAUGACCCUAUCAAUCGUUCAGACUCUGACUGUACCCAGGUGACUUUAUAGAACUUCAGACUCUGACUGUACCCAGAUGACUUUAUACAACUUCAGACUCUGACUGUACCCAGAUUUUGGUACAGAAUCGAAAUUGAAAAAAUAAUUACAUAUCACAACAUAAAAUUAGGAAAACUAAUUCCUUUGUUGAGCACAACAUAUCGUUCUAAAUUACCAAAACUAACAUACUAUCAUGAUGUUUACCAACAAUGACAUAUAAUUACAAUGUUUACCAGCACUAACAUACCAUAUUAUACCAAUACGAUGUUUACCAACAUUAACAUACCAUCAUGAUGUUUAUCAACAACAACAUACCAUCAAGAUGUUUACCAACACAAAACAUGACAUAAGUAGUAACAAUCUCUGACUGGAUCAAUGCCAGGCAAACUUACAGGGACGUCAAGAAGCAUGGUAAUGAGGAGGGUAGCGAGAAAGAAGAGGUCUUCUCGAAAUAAUGAUGUCCUCUACAAUACACACUCUACAUCUUUGAAUGAAUAAUUUUACAAUAAGUCGUAAGCGCACUAACUCCACCACUGAACUGACAAGGACAAUAACUCUACUACAGAACUAAUAUGUUAUACACACCUAACUACCUAAUUUUUAAACGAUUUUAAGACAUUUCCAUUUCACCUUAAAUCUAACAAUAGCAUAAGACAACAAGAACAUCAGGUGUCACAUCUAAAUAUAGCACCCGAGAACCAGAACAUCACAUAUCUCAUAUUUGAUAAAGCAUCAGAUCUCACACAAUAUCACUUGGCCUCUAGCUCAACAGGCUUCAGAAGUAUUUUAAGUAUUCUAAGCAUAAAUUUCAACCUUUUUUGUUCUACUUUAGACCACGACCGUGAGCGAUUCCAGGUUCAAUGAGAAUUUUUUACACAGCGGACACAUGGACAUGCGAGGUAGGUGUACUUCCUUUCAUUGUAGCACACAUCUGCGUAUGACACAUGAGCGUAUGACACAUGAGCGUUGACAUAUGAGCGUUGACACAUCAGCGUAUGACACAUGAGCGUUGACAUAUGAGCGUUGACCAUUCAGCGUAUGACACAUGAUCGUUGACACAUGAGCGUUGACAUAUGAGCGUUGACACAUCAGCGUAUGACACAUGAGCUUUGACACAUGAGCGUUGACACAUGAGAGUGGACACAUGAGCAUUGACACAUCAGCGUAUGACACAUCAGCGUUGACACAUGAGCGUAUGACACAUGAGCGUUGACACAUGAGCGUUGACAAAAGAGCGUAUGACACAUGAGCGUAUGACACAUGAGCGUAUGACAUAUAGUAUGAGCGUAUGACACAUGAGUGUAAGCAUCAUAUUUAUUUGUUAAUUAGCGAAAGAGAGUUUGGGAAAACCAGGGGAAAAAAGAACGCCAUUGACGUUGUCUCAUGAUUUGUUUCGCUCAUUUCAAUUUUUCGAACCUGACCGCAGUCUGUUCCUUUUAUUACCAUUUCCGGUUUACAUGAGACUUGAGAUGCUGUUGGAGUUAUGUUACGUUGAGUCAGUUAGACUGUUUUAAGGGUCAAGUCUCUCUGUAUCCACAAUCCAAUAACUUAAAAUUACGUUAGUUGUGGAUUGGAUAUGCAGUAGAUUGAACCCUUUCAAUAUGCUUACAGUGCUGAUGAUUGUCAAUAUUAUCUGUUAUUAUCUGUGUGUGUGUGUGUGUGUGUGUGUUUUUGACAGCUUUGUUCGGAACUUGCACCCAGGAUGGCAACAACGGCUGUGUGAGAAAUGGAGGCGCCGAGAUCCUGCCCCCGGUCAUGUCUGGCAAAGUCUACAGUGUUCCCACGUUAAGAUACGGUACCGUGGAAAUCAGAGCCAAGAUUCCCCGCGGAGAUUGGCUUUGGCCAGGUAUGUGUUCAUGAGCGUAAUGUUACGUGAUUUGACUGUAAGUUUUUUUUAAAUAAAAAAAAUACGUAUGUGUAGCGAAUUAUUUGACUUUAGUUAAGGCAAAUACGUUUGUAAAAGUGUUUUAUUUAGAAAAAAAAGAGAAAUAUAAUAUUGAAAAUGAUUAACUGUACUAUAAAUAACUUUUUUAAUCUAUGCAUAUUCAUAAAUUCGAUUUAAAUAUGAUCCAUCACUUAAUUUCAAAUUAUGUACUUAAAAAAAAAUUAUUCCUUUACAUCUAGCUAUUUGGAUGAUGCCCAAAACCUCUCAUUAUGGCGGCUGGCCUCGAUCUGGUGAAAUUGACAUCAUGGAAUCCAGAGGUAAGUUGAAGGUCAUGGUCAUCUAAUGUUAAGAUGGUAAAUAAAUCUUACAAAUUGAGUUUUUAAUUAUUUAUAUAUAUAUAUAUAUAUAUAUAUAUAUAUAUAUAUAUAUCAACAAUGGUCAAGAACUUAUAAAGCAGAAUUUCGGUUAACUGAGGAAUUUACUUCCAAUUGGUUCCAGGGAACGCUGGAGAUAUCGGAAUAGGGGCUGUGUCCAGCACACUCCACUGGGGCCCUUCCCCUGACCAGAACAGGUGGUCACUCACCCAUGGCGAGAAGUAAGUUGAUACCAUCAACCAUUUCACUAAUAACAAUUCCCUUUCCUUUAUUUGAUUGGUCUAAAUCUCACACUUAGACCUGGGGGUUUUCUAAAUUUUUUUUUUAUUAUAGUAAGCAUAUCGAAGUUAACAUUUAGCAAUAUGUAGCCAUAGAUAUUUAAUGUUUAUGUUUGUACAGCAGAUGAUACGUUGAAAUAGAUGAUCAACUAAUUUUUUAAAAAACAUUUUUGUUAGUAAAGAAAAGCUUUUUGAAGAUAUAUUUUUUUUUUGUGUUGUAUAAAUUUACAUUUUUUAUUUUACAUCUUAAAUGAAUUAUAAUUGUACAUCUUCAGACAUGCAGCUAACUGGCAUAAUGAUUUCCAUACUUGGAGACUUGAGUGGACACAUGACCACAUCCUGUAAGACAUUUAGAUAUUUAAAAAAAAGAAUAAUUAGCUCAAAACUUUUAAUAUCAACUCGUUGGUAUCAAGCCAACUGGAAGCAAUGGAAACUGCCAAAUAGCAUUACAAAAUAUAUUUUCCUUUAAAAUACGUCAUUAAAUAUGACUAUGAAAUAAUUCCUCUCUUUGAAAGUAAAGUUUUACUGUGGGGGAACCAAUUGAUGCAGUUCUUUUGGAAUAUUUUUGCAACGCCCGCUAAGUAUGAACGACUCAUUUCUUCAUUUAAAGUAAACUAAUAUAUUGGCCUAGAAUCUCAGUUUCAAGUAAAAAUAACUUUAAAAAACUUAAAUGAGAUAGCCAGUUACAAAUUAUAACGUAGGUGUAUUAUUUGUUUGGAUCGAAUAAGAGAUGUGAAAGCAAUGUGCAAGGAGUCAUAUGAAAGUCAAAGAACAUGCUAAAACUGGAUACCUUGACGAACUCUUUGCACACGAGUAAUGACGUCAUUUAAGUUCAAAAUGUACUCUCUUUCACCGACAGCACAUUCAUCGAUAACCAACAAAUCAUGUCAGUUGUCCCCCCUGCUGGUGGUUUCUGGCAAAGGGGUGGAUUUGGGGGCAACAAUCUGUGGGCAUCUGGCAGCAAAAUGGCGCCGUUUGAUCAAGACGUAAGUUGAUAAUGUCGCUUUAACGUGUGUAGUCGCUGAAGCUGCUGAACGCAUGAAAAGCCAGUGAGAUCUGUGCCGUAUCAAGUUAUAAAUUAAGCAACACCGAAAAACAAAGUGUUUUUCUUAAGAAUUAUUUAUAAAAAUGUUAUCUCGUCCAACGUGGUGAUGGGUCUGAAAAAUUUGAUUAAACACCCAUACAAGUAACGCACCUUACACGAAUCCCAAUUACUGCUCAACCCUCUAGGAAAGCUCGCAACCACGCAUUUUUCCACGCCCCUGAACUAUAUUGAUAUUCCAAAGACCCACACGCUUUUGCAACGCAUGUUUAUUUCACCAACGAUUUCAUAAAAACAAAAGAAAUGCGAUUAUUAUUUUUUUAUCAAGAGUCUCAUUUAGCGCAGUUAUCGGGAAUUUUAUUUCAUGACACCAGUGUCAUAAUAUUUCCUUCAUCUUACGCUUAAACAGCAAGAAAUACCGACUUUUGGGAGUACGGGUUGUAGAAAGGGGGGGUGGGGGGGGGGCUGAAAAUUUGAUGGAAUGUGUUGUCAUCAGCAACGAGUCUGUGUGCCAAGUUUCAGCUCGAUAGGAUCAUGGGAAGUAGGUCAAUUAGUCGAACGAAGAUUUAGUCAGCAACGAAAAAAAGUGAAGUUAAUAUCAAGCAUUUUUUUUUUUUAAAUAUACGUUCGAAAAAGACUUGGUAUUUUCGCCUUAAAUCCUUGGUUUUUUGCAACUGAAAAGUUGAUCUGGUAUUUUUUCCUUUGUCACAUCUUUACCAUUAUCAUCAUGGUACUUUGUUCUCUCUUCCAUCUCCUGAACAGUUCUACAUCAUGUUCAACGUUGCCGUCGGCGGCACCAACGGCUACUUCCCAGACGGCAACCACUACGGCGGCGUCAGCAAACCAUGGCAGAACGGCUCCCCGCACCCCAAGACAGACUUCUGGAACGCCCACAACGCUUGGCUCCCCACCUGGCAGGGGGAUAAUGCCGCCCUCAUCAUUGAUUAUGUCGAAUUCAAGAGUUUAUAAUCAUGAUUAUACAUGUACUGUGCACUGUGUCAUCACGAUGACACAUGCACUACUCAUCAUUGUCACGAUUCAUGUUUGUGGUUUUAAAGGGGUAAAAAAAAAUAAUAAUAAAAUUGUAAACCGAAUUAA